GUCAGCGGUAGUCUCAGUCAGCUAUCGGAGGUUCUGCUGUAAACAUUAAAUCGGACGCAAAUAAUCGCGCUCCUCCCCUCCCACAAUAAAUUUCCGAGAACCCGGGUACUUCGCGUCGUCGAAAGAAAGUGCCAAGUUCAAGUUCAGUAACACGCAGACUGAGCAGUAUCGUACGCGCGACGACAACAACGUCGACGACGAUAUAUCGUAAACACGAGAAGAGACGAGUAUUAUUAACAUCAUCUGUGUGUUGUCGAUCUAGGAAGAACCAGUUGAUUCGUGCCAGGAAACACGAAUCUCGCUCGCGUUCUCCAUACUCGCUCGCUCGCUCGUUCGUUCGCGCGCGUUCUCUCUCGCCGCUUCGCCCGCGUUUUUAUUAUCAGCAACAACAUCGUAUCGGUAUACACGUGUCGAUUGGGACACGUACCGUCUAUUUUCUUCUUUUUUUUUUUUCUCUGACGUUCUCGCGGGUGCUUUCGAUGCGAGUUAUAGCGACAUCGUAUAACGACGCAUACGGUCGGAGUGGCAGUUUUAUUGUGUUCUCCUGAGGAAAGUUUUCCUUUAGCCGCGACACCGCUGCUAAAAACUUCUCGACGCCCGCUGUGAAGGACGAGAGAAAAAGGCAGAGGGAUUGGAAGAAAGAGGGCAGAAGAACAUUAGGAUCACACAGUGUUUUUGUGCGAAAUCGAGAAACAUGUCGACCGCCGUCAUGAGUACUCCCAUGUUCGAGUGCAGCGAGCAUCUCUUCAAGAACGCAGCCUCGACCAAGGCAAAAGAAUCACCGUCGUCUUCGACAACGUCGGGCACCGCGAACGGCGGCGCCGCCGUCAGUAAUGUCACCAACGGACACGCGCCACUGAAGCGCAGCUAUACUUCCUUGGUGACAACAUUGAUCGAGCAACACCGGAAAUUGGAUCGCAGCGUGAGCGAGCCGACAUCGCGCUACAAGACAGAGCUCUGCCGACCGUACGAGGAAAGCGGCUCGUGUAAGUACGGCGACAAGUGCCAGUUUGCACAUGGCUACGGAGAGCUGCGCAAUCUGGCGCGUCAUCCCAAGUACAAGACCGAAUUGUGCCGCACUUUCCACACAAUCGGCUUCUGCCCGUACGGGCCGCGCUGUCACUUUAUACACAAUUUCGAAGAGGCGCGCAUACACAAUCAACAGGUUAGUGCUCAAUUAGGCUCGACACAGCCGAGCUUAAUCGGUCUGAACCCAUUGAUGAGCGCGGCAGCCGCUGCUGCGGCGGUGACCGCGACCGGUAACGGUGCAGCCAUCGCUAACAACAACGGUACCACUGUCAACAAUAACGUCAACGUCAGCCUGUUGGAGCAUCUCGUUGGAGCGUCGUCCCACGUAGCCGCUGCGGCUGCGGCAGCGGCCACUACGUCGAACCUUAUGCGAACUAAUUCGUUGAGCUUAGGUAGCGCCGCCAAUGCAAACGGCUACAAUCAGCCACCAUUGCUGCGAACGUCAUCGCUGAGUUUGGCUACGAAUCAUCAUCACGCGGUGCAUCAUCAUCAUCAUCAUCAGGUGAAUGCCGUCAAGUCGGUCAUCGGCGCGACGAAACCGAAACCGCUCAAUCUCAGCCCGACCUUCUCUCUCGGCAGCUCCGCCGAUUCGGUGUCCCCGUCGUCUAGCCUCAGUCAGUCACCGACAAACUCCAUGGCGAGUUUCUUCAGUGAUGAUUGUAGUCAGCAAGCGGCAUCUUGCACAAAUCUGCCGACAACGCCGUUCAGUUUUGGUCAGGAUUUCAGUCUACUCGCCUGUUCGAGACAAAGUCCAAGUCCGCGCAAUAAUGGUGUGUGCAGUCCUCUCGCCUCCGAUGAGGUAACGCCCAGAACACCUUCCCCGUUGUCACCUAAUACGGAGUCUAGAUUGCCGGUGUUUAAUAGGAUCAGCAGCACCUUGGGUGAUUUUGAUAAUCUCAAGAUUUAGAGCGAUUGCUGCGCGAACCGUGAGGAAGGCGAAACUUUCGAUCAGUUUUGCAUUCCGAAGAGGAAAAGGGCUUCAGGGGGAUUGUGACUCGGGAUUUGAGCGAGGAUAACUUCCCCGCAGUGAAUUCUGUCGGAGGAAAAUAUUUUCUUUGAUUUUUUUUUUUUUUUUAUAUAUACGAGAUAUCGCUGUUCGCGCGAUGCGAUUUUCUUUAUCCAUAUCAUCUAACUUUCUCGAAAGAUGAUGUGUCUUUUUAGGCAUACGUCAGGUUUCUUUUUUACCUUUGAAAACCCUUGUCUCUUUUUUUCUCCUUUUUAUAUAUUAUUACCAUAUCAUAAUCAUCAUAUACAUCAUAUCAUUACUAUUGUAAUAUAUUACUAUAUUACUACAUAUAUUAUAUUAUUAUUAUAUUAUUAUUGAUAUAUUUGUCAUCUUAUUCCUUUUUCUUUUUCUCCUUCUUUUUCUUUUUCAUAUUUUAUCGUUAGGCGGGAGUUUAGCAGAAAAGUGAGAUCAGCCCGGAAGUCUCAACUCGCUAGGCCCGAAGACUAAAGUGCUUGGAGGAAGGUAUAAAAAUGGAAUAAGGGGAAUGUGUGAAAGGAUUAGAGGGCGAAAGAGGAUACCGAGCGCAAAUUUAUUCCGAAGUGUGACUUUCCUACGAGCAAGUUGUUUAUUGAUCUCACUUGGUGAAUCUUUAUUACGCCUUCCAGUCCCCACGAAAUUCAUUGCUCACGAUCCAUCGCCUUCCUCCAUCGGAUUUUCGAGCCUCGAGCAUCACGGCGCACCGGGGCAGGUGAAAUGUUGCAAUAUCCAAAUAGCACGUACAGUUACGUUUCGAGUUUCUUCUCCGUAGGAGGAAGGGUGGGGAAAGUUGUCUCGAGAGUGAAAGGAGAGGCGAGAGUGAGCACUCCGGUGAGCGAAAGAGUGUGAGAAAGAGAGAGAGAGAGAGCGAGAGGGAGGGAGAGGAAGGGCAUGAGAGAGCACGAUGGAGCCGAGUGAAAUCGAUUAACGCACUGCAAACGAUGCCACCCGCCAAAACGAUUCGUAAAAUUAUAUGUCUGGAUCAAGAAUAACAUACAUUUAUCGCCGUCGUUCUCGUUUUGAUCCCAGGAAAUUUUUUUAGCACGGAUGAACUAGCCCGAUAAUUCGGCGUCGUGAAUUCGUGAUAACAUUUCCAGUUUUCGCAAAUUUUUAACGUUGGCAUAACGCGACAACGUUUCAGUACAGGGUUAUCGUGAAACGCAUACGACUAUGUGUUUUAAACACCAUGCACUGACUGGAACAAAAGAUUUCGUUGCUGACAAUUUUCACGAAUGGACUGUAGAAUAGAGAUGAUAGCGAGUAAGUUUUAGGAUCUUCUCCUAUUUUUUUUCUUUUUUCGUUUUUCUUUUCUUUUUUUAUUAUUUAUAUAAAGAGCGACUCCAGAGAACGAAUAGAUAGAGGUUUUCUCCUCGAAUAUAUUAAAUAUAAUAAAUAUAUUGAAUACAUACUCAGAAAUAUAAUAGCAUUCGUUUUUCAGUGCGUUAACAAGUCAUAAGUGGGUGCCUUUUGUAAACUUCGAUUGUCUUCCAUAUUACAGUGAUUAGCCUACACGGUGAGAAUAGCGGGAGAAUGAAUGUUGAAGGAAAGAGAGAAAAAUAAUUGGAGAUAGAACUAGCUGGAAAAUAAUAAUUCUGGAAAGGAGCGGUGUGAUUGGGUGUAUGCGCUUGCGUGCUGUUGUGUCUGGAUAGCAAAUGUAUAGGUAUGUAUGAAAAAAAUAAGUAGAGUAGAGAAAUAUGUUUUAUAGAAUACAUAAACACAUAUAUAUGAUACACACACGCGUUAUACACACAUACAUUGAGAAAGAGAAGAUAUAUUUCGUGCGAUUGAAUCGUCCGGGACACCUAUAUAUCGGUUCCCGACGAGCGUUUCUCCUCUUUUCAAAUUGAGGAAAGCGUUUCUUUCUCGUCGCGAGACUCGUAGACUUCUGCCUUUCAUUUUUUUACGUACAUAUGUAUAUGUUAUAUAUUUAACGAUUGUGUUUAUUACACCCGUGAUCGCGACGAGGAGAGAGAGAGAGACUCACUUCGGCGUGAACGACAGAGCUAUGGUGAUGCCGGUCUAUUUCGUAUGUAUUGUCCUUUUUCCCCAACAAAAAAAUGUGAUAACUCUAUAAUACUAAAAUAUAAUAAUAAAAAAUGUGGUAACUAUAUAUUGCAUAUAGAAAUAUUUACUAUUAUAAAAAAUAUAUUAUUAUAAAAAAUGUAUGUGCGCGAACGUAUGAAAAAGAGAGAGAGAAUGAGAGGGGGGAUAGAUAGAUAGAUAGAUAGAUAGAUAGAUAGAUAGAUAGAUAGAGAGAGAGAGAGAGAGAGAGAGAGAGAACGAGAAAAGAUGAAUGAAUGAUCGAAUGAGAGGAAAGAAAAAGAAUAGCGUGAGAGAAGCGAAAGUCGGAAUGCUCGCGCGGGCCGAGCGAUUUCUCGAAGGGAUAUUUUCGAUGUUUGCGUCUCAUUCGAAACACAAGUUCGAAUUUGUAGAAUUUUGAAAAGUUUAUUUCGCCGUGAAUCUCGACGGGAAAACGUCGACCCCGCGUCGCUUCAAUGGAAAUUAAUGAUUACAGAAAGGAAAGCAAGCGCCUGUAAGCUGACGUGGUUUUCAAAAAUCGAUAUCAUUCUGUAUAUAUAUAUAAGUGCUAAACUCUUCUUAUGCUUACACAAGAAAUAUUUUCAUUUAAUUUAUAUUUGAAAGCAUACUUUGUUAUAGAUUUAGUUUAUAAUUAUUAUAAUUAUUAUUAUUAUUAUUAUUAUUAUUAUUAUUAAUAUAAUUAUUUUUCAUUAAUAAUUAUUAACUAAUUAUUAUUGCUAUUAUUAUUAUAUUAUUAUUAUUAUUAUUAUUAUUAUUAUUAUUAUUAUUAUUAUUAUUAUUUGCAAUAAUUUUCGUAAUCAGCGCCGCCCAACCACUCCAUAAUCAGCGCCGCACACGAAAUUGUUAUAUUAAACGUAGUUCGGUCUUGCCCCUCAUUUUUACUCCCACUUUUUCUCUUCUUCAUUCGAAUAAACGCGAGUGUUUCUUAAAAUGUACCUUAUGCAUCGGAUCAUCACGCGAGUGACGUCAAUCGUCGAUGAUGCUCUAAUUGCUAUGAUCAUAUUAAUAUAUUAUUAUUAUUACUAUUAUUAUUUUAUUAUCGUUAUAUCUAUUUAGCAGCAACUAUUUUUCCCUUAUCACCGUCGUCGCGAAGCCGAAAAAGACCACCGCCACUCGUACAUUAUUUAUAAUCAAUUGUAUAUUUAGUUUAUGCUAUAUAUAGAACCUCAAAAUUAUUAAUUUAUGUGCAUUCAUAUUAUUAAUGCAUUAAUUUGGGAAUAUGAAUGCUAUUCUCUAAUUGAAAGUGUUAUCGUAAUAUUAUAAUUGCAUUUUAUCUCGUUUAGAAAUAUCGACAUGCAAGAUUAAUUUAGGAAAAAUAUAAGCUAUUUAAAAUAUCUUCAUGCAGCAAAUCUAUCUAUCUAGAGAUAUAUAUAUAUAUAUUUCGUUCUGAUAUUCAUAUUCGGAGAUAUUUGUCAUUUCUAUAUUUUAUAUUAUCAUACAUUUAGCUCAAGAUUCUUAAGAAAGAAAAGAAAACACUGGAUUUUAAAUCAGUCAUUCUGCGAUCAAAUUCAGCUCUAAAUGUAUAUGAUACAAUUCAAAGUUUAUUACUCUGAAAAUGCAAUUUGAACACUGUUAAGAUAACAUCUUCUCCGAUCGCAGCGGAUUGAAAAUCAGCACGACAUCAGAAAAAAAAAAGAAAGAAAGAAAUAAAAACAGACUGACACAGAAACGCAGAUAAUAGAAGUUUCCCUCUCCUUAUUCAGAAACGAAUCGCAAGAUGCGUGAAUUUCGUAAUAGGAUUAGAGGGUACGGAAAAAAGUACGCGGCGCGAUUUCUUUCGUCAAUUAUUUUUCAUAAAAAUCAUUCUUCAUAAAAAAAAAAUUUCGACUCGUCCGCUGCGAAAUUGAAACACGAAGUCACGAGCAAUGUACGUUUCGCGAUCGACGAGGUUGUCAUCGGAAGCGACGACGGUGUUACCAAUAUUUCCCUUCCAAAGUAGCAGUAAUUGUUGAAGACAUCUCAUUUGGAGUCCUGAGAAUGCGUUCCGAAAAUCGCGUGACAUUUCGAUUCUAUCUAAUUAUCGAACGAAACGGCAAUUUACCGAUUUUCUCAUCAUGGACUGAUCUUUAAUUUUAGCUGGACUUGUGAGAUUUUUUUUUUUUUUUUAUUGAACUGAAUGCAUGUGAGCACUUUUAUUUUAUUUUGUUUUUUUUUUUUUUUUUUUUUCAUUGAGAUUGAUAUUACCGAGGUAUUUGAUAAUCCUUAAAAGAUAAUUUUUUUUACAUAAAUUUUAUUUCCAUAUAAUAUCUCUUCAUUAUGAGAAUCAGAAACAUUUAAAUUCAGGAAGGUCUUGAAAAUAAUAGCAUAUUUAACUUUUAUAAUAAUUUUAAUAAAGAAAAGAUAUUAUAUGUAUUUAUAUCUUUUUGUUUGUGAAAUAAGAUGAAGAUGAUAAUUUAUCGCAUCAUUUAAUGGAAAAGAUAGAAAAAAAAUUUUAGUUUAGUUUCAUAAUCUCAGAAGUUAUUUUUUUACAGAUAAAAUUAAUUUUGAGUUUGGAUUAUUCAUAGAUUAUCUUUCGGCGUUUGUGUGAUACUUUUAUAUACAUAGUUCAAUUUUUUCUUUCAAAUUAAUUUACUUAUUAAUCGCACAAUAUAUUCACAGUUCGUCUAACGCAAAAUUUUGUUAAAAAAGUUAAUGCUUUUAAUCCUUUGAUUGUGAACAUUAUAGGUGCAUAUACGCAGAUAUAUAUAUAUAUAAGAUUAAGAGCUUUCUCUCUAAUAAAAGCAAAUAAAAUUGUAAUAAAUAAUACUAAACUCUUAUAAAUAAUUAUAAUUCCUCAUUUUUUAUUUUAUGAUUAUUUUGCAAUAAUUAAUUCGAAAAUAAUAAAUUCAAACAGUCGUACGUACACGUCGUAGUGCAUUUUUAUUUCGUUGGAACUUUUGUUUCGUUUUGUUUUGUUGGAAACUUUGAAAGAACAGUUUUUUUACGUAUCACAAUCAAAGGGUUAAUUAUGUUUGAAUUCGGACGCAUCACAAGGGACUCCAUAUUUACCAAGCCAACCUCGCGUUUAUCCUUCUGUUAUAGACUUGACCUGCAUAUCUCUGCAUAUCAAAUACCUAAUAUUUCUGCGUAUAAAUAUCUAAUGAUAAAUGAUUAAUAACAAAUAAUAUACCUUAUGUGUAUGUCUCUUUUUUAAUUUAAUAUAUUUAUUUUUUCAAUCAAGUAUUUAUAUAUUUAUACAAUAUUUUAUACUGCGUUCUUCACACAUACACAGAUUAGAUACACGCUAUAUGUAAUGCGCGUUACGAUGUAAUGUGAAACAGGUCGAUCUCUUGGCUCUCAGAGGAAAUAUGUCCCGCCUGCACACGACAUAUAUAUAUACAUAUAUAUAUAUAUAUGUACAUACACACACAUGCAUAUACAUAUAUACACAUACACGAAUACAUAUUCCGCGUAUACAGGACGAAAGCGUUUGCGCUCGUUUUUGCGGCCCGUUUCUUCCUUUGUAACGCUUCCAAGUCCAUUUUUCCAAUUUUCUUUCGUCAGCUAAUCAACAAUCUGCUUUUCCGUUCGGCCAAAGGCUGACACGGAAGACAUGGCGAAAGUGAAAAAAAAAAAAAAAAACAGAGAAAAAAAAGCGAAAGCUUUUCGCGUAUACUUAACGCCUCAAAUGUGAUACACGGCCAAUUAUCCUCGCUCGUGAAGAAGAGAUAUUCUUUCGCGAGCAAGAUAUUCAGCUGUGAAAGAAAAAAAGUGUGUCUUCGUUGAUAUAUACUAAAUAUAUAUUAUAUAUUUGUGCGACAGUCGAAAUAUAUAUAUAUGCGAAACAAUGGGAGCCAAUUGAUAGGCUGGCGGGAGUCGUUCGAGUUUUAUCCGCGCAAUUAAAGUCCAAAAAUUAUUCUCGAUCCUACGUCCGAAUCUAUAAAUGUAGUUUUGUAGAAUUUAUGAUCGCCUUCGUCUUCGUUCUUACUUUUUUAAGCUUCAUUUGUACAGUUUAUUUAAAUCGUGGUGGAUUUUGCGUGUCCGCAUUUUUUGAUUCGCCAUGAAUUCGACUUCUUUAUCCUUUCGAUUUUAAAUGUACACGCACACUUUUUUUGACAGAGUCGAGGGCUAUUGGCGAUCAUCAAUAGUUCUACAAAAGAUAAAAUGGAGAUUCGUCUCUUUAGACGGGCAUGCUCGAACGACUUCGGUCUAAUCCACAAUGGGACCACAACCAAUGAUAACCGUGAAAUGCGUUUAGGUUUUCGUUGUCAAAGGACUCGCGGGCUUGGAAAAAGAAUUGUGACGGGAAGAGGAAUCGGAAAACGCCGUUCGUUUCGAAGAGAGAUCGCGAAAAGGGAAAGAAUAGCGAAAUGUCGAUUAUUUGUUUUGAAUUUUUUUUAGUUUUGUUCUUUUUUUCCGGUUUUUCCUCUUCGAGACUCUCGGUCGACCGUUUCCUCUCCCCGAUAAUUUUUUCUUUUGUUUUGUUACGUAAAGUAACGCCUCGGUAUACACGGAGUAUACAGAGUCGAAGUCUCAUAUAACACACGGAAACGUAAAAUAUAGUUUGAUAAGUAUUGCCAACGCUAUCUAUUUAAUACAUUUUAUUAUUACAAAAUAAUGAAA